GGCAUUGGGGCCGCGGCACUCACAAUUCCCGGCAUCCUCCGCGAGGCCUAAGACCGGAACUCAGAGGGAGAUUGGAGGGUAAAUGUCCGCGGAAGCUGCGGAGAAAGUGGCGUCUGAGGUGAUGGCAACGUUUGGAGAGGAGCCUGGGGCCGCAACAGAGCAACUGGAUGUAACUUGCGGUUUGGAGAACUUGCCCGUGAGCGUGUGGCCCCCCGGGGCGGGACCGGCACCCUUCCAGUACAGUCCCGAUCAUGUCACUGGGCCUGGAGCAGACACGGACCCCUCUCAAAUAACCUUUCCUGGGUGCGUCUGCGUCCGGACUCCCUGCCUCCCCGGCACCUGCUCCUGUCUCCUCCAUGACAAGAACUACGAUGACACUUUGUGCCUUAGAGACAUCGGGCUGGAAGCGAAGUAUGCGCAGCCUGUUUUCGAGUGCAAUGCCCUGUGCCCGUGCAGCCCCCGCUGCCCAAACAGAGUGGUCCAGAGAGGGCUGCAGGCCCACCUGCAGGUGUUCCGGACGGACAGGAAGGGCUGGGGACUUCGCACCUUGGACCUCAUCCCGAAGGGGAGAUUUGUCUGCGAGUAUGCUGGGGAGGUUCUGGGCCUCUCUGAAGCACAGAGGAGAAUUCACUCCCAGACGAUCCACGACCCGAAUUACAUUAUCGCCGUCAGGGAGCACGUCUGUAACGGGCAGGUGAUGGAGACAUUUGUUGACCCUACUUACAUAGGCAAUGUCGGGAGAUUCCUCAACCAUUCCUGCGAGCCAAACCUGCUGAUGGUGCCCGUCCGAGUGGACUCCAUGGUGCCCAAGUUGGCACUCUUCGCAGCCAGAGACAUUUUGCCAGGAGAGGAGCUCUCCUACGACUAUUCGGGGAGAUUUCUUAACCUCACAGAUGCGGAGGACCAAGAAGGGCUGGAGCAUGGGAAACCACGGAAACCUUGUUACUGUGGUGCCAAGUCAUGCGCUGCUUUCCUGCCUUACAACAGUUCGCUGUACGGCCCUUUGGAAGAGGCAGGUGUCAGCUAAGAAGGAACUUCCACACCACCGUCACCCCUCCCCUACCCCGCCUCGGUGGGCAUGAAUCACACAGAACCCCACAGGUGGCUCGCCCACUCCUGUGCCCCCCUUUCUGCAGGCACCUUGCUCAGUGACUGUGCUCCCUGUGAGGGGGACCAGCUCUGCCUCUGCCGGGUCGCCUAGGUUUAAUUCUGGAAGGCGAUGGGGACUGCCAACUGUCCACCAAUGUCCCUUCUCUCUUCCUGUAACACAGUUCUCAUUUGGGGCCAUAGCCACCCAGAAUACUUGCCUUCCUAGUGAGGUGCGGUGUGGCAAGGUGAUUGUGUCCUGAUGGGAUGAACAAAAUUG